UUAACUUCUAUAAUCAUGAUUCUCCAGAUCUUCCUCUUCACCUUGUUUUUCUUCCUUCUUCUGAUAUACAGCCGAUCGAACACCAAGAAAUCCUUCAAAACUCUACCUUUACCUCCAGGGCCAUGGAAGUUACCUCUUAUAGGGAACAUCCAUCAACUUAUAGGGUCACUACCCCAUCACUCUCUGAGAAACUUGGCAAACAAGUAUGGUCCCUUAAUGCAUCUCCAGCUUGGAGAGACAACCAAUGUCAUUGUCACUUCCUCAGAAAUUGCCAAACAGAUCUUCACAACACAUGAAGUUAUCUUCUCCAAUAGACCUCAUCUUCUCGCUGCUGAGAUCAUCACUUAUAAUUGUUGGCGGCAGCAAAUGAGGAACAGCAAAUCCGGUUCGAAUAUUGGAUUUUCUCCACAUGGGAACCAUUGGAGGCAACUCCGAAAAAUAUGUACUUUAGAGCUUUUAACUGCAAAGCGUGCUCGAUCUUUUAGGUACAUAAGGGAAGAGGAAGUAUCUGCACUCGUCAAAGAUAUUCGAUCUCAUGAAGGUUCGGUCAUAAAUCUGAGUGAGAAAAUUUUCACAACCACAAAUUCCAUAAUUGCAAAAGCAGCUUUCGGUAAGAAGUCAAGAGAUCAAGAAGCCUUCAUAUCUAGUUUGAAGGAAAUAAUGAAGGUGAUGGGAGGUUUCUCGAUUGUUGAUCUCUUUCCCUCUGUCAAAGUUCUUCAAGUGAUAACUGGAAUGAGAGCUAAAGUUGAAAGGGUUCAUAAGUUGAAUGAUAAAAUACUGGAGGACAUCAUCAAGGAUCACAAAGAAAGAAAAGAGAGAAGUAGUGAGAAUACUGAAGAGAAUCUACUUUAUGUUCUUUUAAAAAUUCAACAGGAAAAUGAUCUAGAGCUGCCGUUAACCCACAAGCACAUCAAAGCCGUCAUUCUGGAUAUGUUUAUUGCUGGAUCUGAGUCAUCAUCAACUAGUCUGGAGUGGGCGAUAUCAGAAUUGAUGAAGAACCCAAAGGUGAGGGAGAAAGCUCAAGCUGAGGUCAGAAGGAUUUACGGUGAAAAAGGAUAUGUGGACGAAAGUGAGAUUCAUCAACUGAAAUACUUAAACUCAAUUGUGAGGGAGACCUUAAGAUUGCACCCUCCUGGGGUGUUGUUACUUCCACGAGAAAACACUGAAAGGUGUGUGAUUGAUGGAUAUGAGAUACCUGAAAAGACCAAAGUCAUUAUCAAUGCUUGGGCAAUAGGAAGAGAUUCUAAGUUUUGGGAUGAAGCUGAGAUCUUCAAGCCAGAGAGAUUUUUGGAUAAUCCAAUUGACUUUAGAGGAACAAACUUUGAUUAUAUACCAUUUGGUGCUGGAAGAAGAAUGUGUCCUGGGAUUAACUUUGCUUUACCAAACAUCGAGCUGCCGCUUGCCAGUUUGCUGUACCAUUUUGAUUGGAAGCUCCCAAAUGGAUUCACUCAUGAAGAAUUUGACAUGUCUGAGACAUUUGGUGCUGGCGUAAGAAGAAAGGAAAAUCUUUGGUUAAUCCCAAUUAGUUAUCAGCACUUGUAAUAUUAUUGCUUCAAUGAUUUGUCUCGUGCUAUAUGUGUUGUUAACUACUUAUGAUGUAAACCUCUAUGUUUUUAGUUUAGAGUCCUAUUACUAUCAAAAAAAAAAAAUCAAAAGAUUAGUGUUUCUAAAGACACAUAUAGCUAUAAGAUUCUCUA